CUGAAAAGGAGUCUCACCAGCUUGGUGGACUUGUUCUGCAACAAUAUCUCAUUUCUCUUAAACCCUAGAGACCAUGAUAUUCCACUGCUGCUGAAGCUUGUAGGCAACCCCAAAAACCCUAGCCAUGGCAGACUUCAGCUGCACUACCCCAUUACUUCUCUACCCCAUCAUCCUUCUCAUUCUCUUCUUCUCUUCCAUUAUUAAUCAAUAUGAUUCUCCUUCUUCUUCUCCUUCUUCUUCUCCCUCUUCUUCUACUUCUACUAUUCCUCCUUCCCCACACAGACAAGUGUUCAAUGAAAACCCAGAGCUCCCCUCCACUUUGAUCAAACAUUCUGACAAUGGCAACAGGACACGUAGUUUGGAGAAGAAGAGCUAUUUUGAGAAGAGGGAAGAAAGUUUGGCCAAAGCCCGGGUGGCAAUACGGAAAGCAGGAAGAUCGCGUGAUUACACUCCAUACAAGAACGAGAGUUUUUUCCCCAGAGGACCCGUUUACAGAAACCCUUAUGCUUUUUACCAGAGUCACAUAGAGAUGGAGAAGAGAUUCAAGGUAUGGACCUACCAGGAAGGAGAAAAGCCCCUCUUCCACUCUGGCCCCAUGAAUCUAAUCUACGGCAUUGAGGGGCAGUUCAUGGAUGAGUUGGAAAGCAAGAACUGCCCUUUCUCUGCUCGCCAUCCCGAUGAGGCCAUGCUCUUCUACAUCCCCAUUAGUGUCGUCAACAUCAUUCGCUACGUCUAUCAGCCCUACACCAAUUCCGCCAGCUACUCUCGGGUUCGCCUGCAGGGACUUGUUGCAGACUACAUUGACGUAAUAUCAAGGAAAUAUCCAUUCUGGAAUCGAAGCAGUGGGGCUGAUCAUUUCAUGGUUUCUUGUCAUGAUUGGGCACCUGAAAUUUCAGCUGCCAACCCUAAGUUCUUCCGACAUUUCAUCAGAGUUCUAUGCAAUGCCAACACCAGUGAAGGGUUCAAACCGGUCCGCGACGUCUCGUUGCCGGAAAUCCUCGUCCCCUAUAAAAUGCUGGGGCCGCCUUACCUGGGCCAACCCCCUACCAAUCGUUCCAUCCUUGCCUUCUUCGCAGGCGGUGCCCAUGGCAAAGUAAGGAGCAUACUAUUUCGUUACUGGAAAGAAAAAGAUGAGGACAUCCAAGUUCACGAGUACCUCCCCACAACCCUAAACUACACUGAACUAAUGGGGAGAAGCAAAUUUUGCUUGUGCCCUAGUGGAUUCGAAGUUGCUAGCCCUAGAGUGGUGGAAUCAAUAUACGCAGGCUGUGUCCCAGUGAUCAUUUCCGACAACUACUCGUUGCCAUUCAGCGAUGUUCUUGACUGGAGCCAAUUUUCAGUUCACAUUCCCAUCGCCAGGAUACCGGAAACCAAGACAAUCUUGCAAGCAAUUCCCAUUCAAGAAUAUCUAACAAAGCAAAAGACAGUGAUGCAAGUGCAACGACAUUUCACGCUGAAUCGGCCGGCCAAGCGGUUUGACGUACUGCACAUGGUGUUGCAUUCGAUAUGGCUCCGGAGAAUUAACAUCCAACUUCCAUUAUGAUUCAAUAUUGCUGUGUACAGCUUGGAAUUUCUUCUUAGUAGGAGAACAGGGUUCAUGUAAUGUUAUAUUAUAGCCAUGAUUAGCUUAAAAAUAGAGACAAGGACGAUCAUAAAGAACGGAUAAUAGACUAGCAUUGGUGAAGUUGGUGGAUAGAUGUGGCAGAU